AUGGGUUGCUGUUGUUCAGGUUUCGCCGAGCAGAAGCGGCGUUCGAGCAAAUCGCUGUUGCGGCAGCUCUCGCAGCUCUCGAGAAAAUCCAUCGACAGCCUCUCGUCGAGUUUGUCGACGUCGUCGCCGCGAACGCCAUCGCCGCGUGGCACGAUUUCGGAGUUCUCCGUCGCCUGCGAGCUUCUUCUGAUAUCGGCGCUUCAAGGCGCACGCGUGCCGUGCGGCGAGAUUCAGAAUUGCGCCGUCGAAAUCGGCGACCUCAAUCAACACGAGAAGCAGCGUCUCAUCAAUUUCUUCAAAAUCGACGGCGACGCGCCGGGCAUCAUUGAGAACAACGCGUUCAAGACGUUCGUGUGCUCGCAUCUCACCACCGAAUGCCUACUGGCCAACGUUGACGGUUUAAUUAGUCUUUGGAAGCAACUCCGACAUGGCGUAAUACCAACGAUUCAGGCGAUGUGCUAUCCAUUAGUCGAGUUUGACGCGACGUUUGAUAGUCAGAAGCUUAUUUUAACCGCGUUUCGCGAUCGUGUUCUAGCCAAGCUACUUCAAGACAUCGAUAAAGAAAUUCCGGAAUUGCAUCCAAUCCUUUUUUCGAUAACAUUGGAAACUGAUGGAAUAUGCCCAUUUCUGAAGGAGAAAAUUGAUAUUUGCAUGGGCAAUCAGAUGAAACCGCGUUACCUGAAAAAGACGCGCUCGAAAACCGACUCGUGUGUGCCGAACAAACCGAAAUCAGUGAGUUGGGUCGACGCGCGAAAAUCAUCGACGUUCUGCCUGUGA